CCCAAGCGAACGGCCAGCGAUCAACGUUUGGCCCACCAGCACACUCGAGAGCGAUAACGAGCAGCUGAUUCCGCCCGAUCUUAGCUGAUCUUAGCUGAUUUUAGCUGAUUUUCGCCACUUCCACUAUCUGGCCCCGCAGCAGCAGCAGCGGCAAGAGCAACAACAAGGGCACCGCAUCGCGUCGCAUCGCUCUCCCCCGCAGCAGCAGCAACAACAACGGCCCCACGGCGAUCUGUGACAAGACAAGGCAACAACAACGGCCAGCCAAAAAGUGAAGUGAACUCUCGGGCGCUCUCGCCUCUCGUCUCGCCUCGUCGCGGCUCUCCUCUCGCGCCUCUCCCGUCCCGCUGCGUCGGCAAACUUCGGCUCGGGCUUUUCAACUUCGGCUUCUCGGCUCCGGCUUGUAAAUUACUUGCAAAGUUAAUUUUAGUCUCGGCUUUUAAUACCGUUUUAGUGCGUUUUCGAGUUGGUCGUGCGCCUUCCGUCUCUCCGAAAACCGAAAUAAAAUUCAUUCAAUCAUUUCCAAAACUGAACUCGAAGCCAAGCCAGCGCAGCACAAGAGCGGCCAACUGAAUGUGACUUUCCCGGUGACCGCACAUCCUCGUGACUUUUUUUUCGGAUCCCUUUUUUUUCCAACGGAAAUGUAAACCACUCGCCCCAAAGCCCCUCCCAAGCUUCCUGCUUCGCAGUCCAGAACAAAAGCGACAAGGUCCAGUUGCAUAACGCCUGAUUGCCGAAAAUAAAGCAAAAACAAACGACAUACAGUCGAAAACAGUAAUAUCAUAAUUCAGGCAUCCCGCAACGCGCUCACCCACACCAAGGCGACGCCUUCAAAGACGGAAGUGCAUUUUUUUUUCGUUAAGCGGCCAAGCAGCGCAUCCUGUUUUCGGGCCGUCCACACACGCUCGCGCGCACACGCACCCGAACACACGCGCGCACACAGUGACGCCUGGGAGUCGCUCUCUCGUAUAAGAGUCGCAGAACCACAGUAACGCCCACUCUUCCCUCGGGUUAAUUGAUUAACCAGGCCCAGAUACAUUCAGCCGGGAGCGGAGAACACAAAGAGCCAGCAAGAUGACUGGUUUCACGAACGCCGGCUUCGAGAACGACGAGCCCGUCAAGCCAAAAGCUGGUUUCGAGCCCGACACCGCCUCGCUGCGAGAGAAAGUUGUGCUGAAUCCGGGCGAGAAAUGGCGCAUCUUAAAGAAUAUCUCGAUCAUCUCGAUCGCCUUCAUGGUGCAGUUUACAGCGUUUCAGGGCACGGCCAAUCUGCAAUCCUCCAUAAACGCCAAGGACGGCCUGGGCACGGUGUCGCUGAGUGCGAUCUACGCCGCCCUGGUGGUGUCCUGCAUCUUCCUGCCCACGCUGAUCAUCCGGAAGCUGACGGUCAAAUGGACCCUGGUCUGCAGCAUGCUCUGCUACGCCCCCUACAUCGCCUUCCAGCUCUUCCCGCGCUUCUACACCCUGGUGCCCGCCGGCAUCCUGGUGGGCAUGGGCGCCGCCCCCAUGUGGGCGUCCAAGGCCACCUACCUGACGCAGGUGGGACAAGUGUACGCCAAGAUCACGGAGCAGGCGGUGGACGCCAUCAUCGUGCGGUUCUUCGGCUUCUUCUUCCUGGCCUGGCAGUCCGCUGAGCUCUGGGGCAAUCUCAUCUCCAGCUUGGUGCUCUCCAGCGGCGCCCAUGGCGGCAGCAGCAGCUCGAACACGACCAUCAGCGACGAGGACCUGCAGUACUGCGGCGCCAACUUCUGCACCACCGGCAGCGGCGGUCACGGCAACCUGGAGCGCCCGCCAGAGGACGAGAUCUUCGAGAUCUCGAUGAUCUACCUGUCCUGCAUCGUGGCCGCCGUGUGCAUCAUCGCCUUCUUCCUGGAUCCCCUGAAGCGUUAUGGUGAGAAGCGCAAGGGAUCCAACUCGGCCGCCGAGCUCUCGGGACUGCAGCUGCUGUCCGCGACGUUCCGUCAGAUGAAGAAACCCAACCUGCAGCUCCUCAUCCCCAUUACCGUUUUCAUUGGCAUGGAGCAGGCCUUCAUUGGAGCCGAUUUCACCCAGGCGUAUGUCGCAUGCGCCUUGGGAGUGAACAAGAUCGGCUUUGUGAUGAUCUGCUUCGGAGUGGUGAAUGCACUCUGCUCAAUCCUCUUCGGGUCCGUGAUGAAGUACAUCGGACGCACGCCCAUCAUUGUGCUGGGCGCCGUCGUGCACUUCACUCUGAUCACCGUUGAGUUGUUCUGGCGCCCCAAUCCCGACAAUCCCAUCAUCUUCUACGCCAUGUCCGGACUCUGGGGAGUCGGCGAUGCCGUCUGGCAGACGCAGAUCAACGGACUGUACGGGUUGCUCUUCCGCAGGAACAAGGAGGCCGCCUUCUCCAACUACCGCCUGUGGGAGUCCGCCGGCUUCGUGAUCGCCUACGCCUACGCCACCACGCUCUGCACGCAGAUGAAGCUCUACAUCCUGCUGGCGGUGCUCACGCUCGGCUGCAUCGGCUACGUGAUCGUCGAGAUCCUCUACAGGAAGAAGCAACGCAAGGUCAAGAAGCAGGAGAGGCUGGAGGCCGCGGAGAAGGAGAAGGAGGCCGCCGCCGCCGCUGCUGCCGCCGCCGCCCUGGCCGCCGCCGAGGCAGGACCUGGUGGCGUCGAGGAGACCGACGACGAGCUGGACGAUCUCGAGGAGGACAUUGUGGUCACGCGCCUGUAAAUGUUUUAUUCUCCCCCAAGUACACCCCCAAAGCCCCACAAGUCCCUCACACACCCCACAUUCCAUCAAGUUAUCGAUAGAUUGAACGAGAGCGACAGAGAGUAAUAUCAGGAGCGUCAUCGAUCCAAAUGCAAAAAAGACAACAAGAUUUAAAGAACGAAGGUGGAAAGUACUAUCGAUAAACACUAAAACUAGCAUGCCUAUCGAUCGACAAAAACGCUCCGUGAUCGAUAAACAAUACCAACUAGCGCCGAUAGCCGGCCGGAACGCGUUGCAUACUUUUGUGGUUGUAGUUUUGUAAUAGAACAUUUGUACCCCUCACCCCCGGAAACCCGCUCCUGCAAGAGAAAAACCAUUUAGCUCAAAGUCCAACCGAGUUUGGCUUAACUUUAGUUUGUACAUACAGAGAAGAGAUCGAAAAGGGCGAAAUGCAAAUAAUGCAAAGGCAGUGAGAAACCCCGAAAAUGCAAAACUUUUGUGUGUUAGUCUAGGCGUAAGCACACUUGUACUUAGUCACUAUGCACGCCUUAGUUUCAAGUGCUGAUUUAUCGAUACAUACUUAUCGAAAAACAAGUGUAGGUACUUUGUCGAUGCAAAUUGGCAGAGUCGUUCGCUUGUUUCCAAAUAGGUACGCCCCGAAAGCUUUCACUGGUGAAAUAGCAAAUAGAUGUUUGAAAUUCAGCGAAAUGUGAUGAUCGAUAAAUUAGGACUUGAAAAUAAAACGUUCGUAGGCACUUGGUAUCACACAACCAUACAAACACGCGCACACACCUACACACGAGGCACACACACUGCAGCAGUGUGUGUGCUUGCGAUGCCUAACAAAUUGUUAUUUUAUUUUAAAACGUAUUUUAACUAUAGUCUAUCCCUAAACGAAAAUUGUAACAUCCCCCUUUCUUGUAAAUUGAGUUUUCUGCUUUCUG